GAGUUUAGGGGCAAGAUGGCGCCUACUGCGGUGGGGGCCGCGUCCGGGGAGCGGGGUCUCAAGAGCCUGGUGUGGCAGAAGCUAAAAUUAUCAGUAUUUGAUGAUUGUAGGAAGGAAGAAGAAUGGAAGUUAAUUAUUUUAGACGACUUUACCACUAAACUACUGUCGUCAUGUGGCAAAAUGACUGAUUUACUGGCAGAAGGCAUCACUGCUGUGGAGAAUGUUUAUAAAAACCGUGAGCCUGUCCCGCACAUGAAGGCAAUUUAUUUCAUCACUCCAACCAAGAAGUCUGUAGAUGGGCUUAUAAAUGACUUUGUAAGUAAAGCAUCCAGCAAGUACAAAGCAGCAUAUGUCUACUUCACUGACUUUUGCCCUGACAUUCUCUUUAAUAAAAUGAAGUCCUCCUGCUCAAGGGCUAUAAGAAGGUGCAAAGAAAUAAAUAUUUCCUUCUUUCCAUAUGAAUCUCAGGUAUUUACUCUCGAUGUCCCAGAUGCAUUCUUCUGCUGUUACAGUCCAACUGUGGAAAAGGCAAAUGGUAAAGAUGCCAUCAUGGAAGCAAUGGCUGAACAAAUUGUUACAUUAUGUGCAACUUUAGAGGAAAACCCAGGAGUAAGAUAUAAAAGCAAGCCAUUGGAUAAUGCCAGCAAACUUGCAGAGCUAGUUGAAAAUAAGCUUGAAAACUACUAUAAAAUUGAUGAGAAAAGCCAAAUAAAGGGUAAAACCCACUCCCAGCUGUUAAUAAUUGAUCGUGGCUUUGACCCUGUGUCCACUGUACUCCAUGAACUUACCUUCCAAGCAAUGGCAUAUGAUCUGCUACCAAUUGAAAAUGAUACAUACAAAUAUAAAACAGAUGGACCCAGUGGAAAGGAAAGGGAGGCAAUUCUGGAGGAGGAGGAUGAGCUCUGGGUGAAAAUUCGGCACAAGCAUAUUGCAGAUGUGUUAGAGGAAAUUCCAAAACUUUUGAAAGAAGUUUCAUCAAAGAGAAAAGCAACAGAAGGAAAAUUAUCACUAAGUAAUCUGGCCCAGCUAAUGAAAAAGAUGCCACACUUCCGUAAACAGAUUACCAAGCAAGUAGUCCAUCUUAACAUAGCAGAAGAUUGCAUGAGUAAGUUUAAAUCCAGUAUAGAAAAGCUGUGCAAAACUGAACAGGAUUUAGCUCUUGGAACUGAUGCAGAGGGCCAAAAAGUGAAAGACGCAAUGAGAGUCCUUCUUCCAGUUCUACUCAACAAAAACCAUGACUCUUAUGAUAAAAUAAGAGCUAUACUCCUUUAUAUCUUCAGCACAAAUGGAACUACACAAGAGAAUUUGGACAAACUGAUCCAGAAUGUACAAAUAGAAAGUGAUAGCGACAUGAUAAAAAAUUGGAAAUACCUUGGUGUACCUGUUGUGGUCUCGUCUGCUUCUCAGCAACGUAGACAAUCAAGGAAGGACCGCUCUUCAGAAGAAACAUUUCAGCUUUCUAGAUGGACACCUGUUAUCAAAGAUGUUAUGGAGGAUGCUAUAGAAAACAAACUAGAUUCAAAAGAAUGGCCUUACUGUUCCCAGUGCCCUGCAUCCUGGAAUGGUUCAGGGGCAGUAAGUGCUCGCCAGAAGUCCAAGACUAGUUACCUGGAUGACCGAAAGAGUGGUUCAAAGCUGAUAGUUUUUGUAAUUGGAGGCAUCACAUACUCUGAGAUACGCAGUGCUUAUGAAGUUUCUCAAGCCUACAAAUCUUGUGAAGUUAUUAUUGGUUCCACUCAUAUUUUGACACCCAGAAGACUGCUGGAUGAUGUAAAGAUGCUUAAUAAACCAAAGGAUACAGUUUGCAUUAAGAAUGAAGAGAAGUUGUAAUGUUCAAGCAGUACUAUUUCAGUAGUGAUUAAAAAUGCAUUAAGAGAUCACAUAAUAUAAAUAGCAUGUAAAUAUUUGUAUGGAAUUAACUUUUCCAGUGAUGUAUUUGGGAAAGUACACACCCUCAACUAAUGGAGUAUCAUUUUAUAAUUUAAAUUUGCUGAUUUUCUUUUUGGAGUUAAGGGCAGGAAGAAGAGGGAAAAAGUGUCUAACACCUUGUUUUUAUGUUGUAUUGGGUAUGGACAGCAUUUCACAGUAAAGUGCUUUCUGAAACUGACAUCUUUACCACUGCAACAAAUCAUUCUAGAAUUUAGAAAUCAUCAUGUUUUGUAUAUAUACUAAUUGCUCUUUCAGUAAUUAUGAAAGCUUUCUAUGCUGGAAACUGGAGAGGUUUUCUGAAACUGACAUGAAAGUACCUAGACUUAGAGAAGUUUCAGAGGCAAAAGCUGUAAAUAUAAACAUAUGGUAAGAUUAUUUCACAUAAGUGCAAUGACUCUUGUAAUAUGUAAAAUUCAAUUAAAACAAUUUAUAUUAAAAAAGGAAAUGUAUAUUGUCUUGUGAAAAAUCCUAGGGCAAAAUAUGACUGUGUUGGUGCUUUCAGAUGGUAGAUUAUGAGGGGAGGGGAAUUAAUCAUGGAAGUACUAACAGAAAAUGGUUUUACUUUCAAUAAAACUCUGGAGAACAUGCUUGUCCAUCUUAUAUGAAAUGUUUCAGUGCAGUAACACUACUCUUUAAGACUUUCCCCAUGUUGUUCUUCACAAAAACAAAUAAGCAGCUUUGAUUUAUUAAAAAAAUUCCCCACUAUUGUGUGUGCAUGGUACAUCUAUUUUGUAAAUUGAGUUGCUUGUGAACUAAUCUAAUGAAGAUUUCCUGGUGCCACUUCAGAGAUUUCUGAGCAAAGUUUGGAAAAAAAAUCUCACUUCUUCUACCUUUUUUUAUUGCCACUGCAUUGCAAAGUACCCCCCUCUUGUUUAUUCAUGUCAUGUGAAUACAAAAACAAAAAACACUGGAGUGGUUGUGAGUAGUUUGUCAGGGUGGAGAAAAAUCAAUGACUAACAUAGGUUGUCAAUUUCAGAAUUUAAUUUU